GGGGUCUUCCUAAAUCAAAAUGGCGCCCUAAAAACAAACAUGUAGUACUUGUUUGUGAAAUGUUUGUUGUCGUAGCGGUAGUGAUCACCGCUUUUAUAGGAUAUCGCUUGAGUAGAUAUGUCUCUAUGAAUUCCCUAUUCUUCCGUAUCGCAUAUACUCUGUAUGCUAAGACUCAACUUGGAUAUUAUUACCAUUUACAUCAACUAGAAAAAUACAAAAGUACUCAUGACCAGCCACACUCUAUUGUUGCUUCCUGGUCUUAUGGAGGUGUAAAAGUGUUACCCAUUCCUAUUGCCAGUGAUAACUACAGUUAUCUGAUUAUUGACAGUGAAGAAAACCAAGCUGUGGUUGUUGAUCCUUCUGACCCUAAUGCAGUCAAGGAAAUCAUUGCCAGUGAACAAGUCCAACUGAAGGCCAUUUUGACCACACACAAACACUGGGAUCAUAGUGGUGGCAAUAGCGUUCUUCAAACUGAUUUUCCAGGAAUUCCCAUUUAUGGCAGUGCCAUUGAUGACGUACCAUGCCUGACACAUCCCGUCAAACCAAAUGAUAUCUUAAAGUUCGGGCGAUUGUCGUUCACAGCUGUAUUCACACCAGGGCAUACGAUAGGUCAUACUGUUUACAUCCUUUCCGGCGAGCCAUUUGGUGCACCUGAUUGCUUAUUCUCAGGUGAUUUGCUGUUUCUUGGCGGCUGUGGUCGCAUCUUCGAGGGAGAAGCUUCCGAAAUGUUGGAAUCGCUCAAUAGCGUCGCUGUUUUGAAGGACAGCACAUUAUUGUGGCCAGGACACGAAUAUGCGGCAAAGAACCUGUUGUUUGCGUUGACUAUAGAACCAGACAAUCCCUAUGUACGAAACAAGCUGGAUUGGGUCAUCGAUCGUAGAGCCAAUAAAAAUUCCACUUGCCCAUCUACGAUUGGCGAGGAAAAGCUGUAUAACCCAUUCCUCAGGACUCACGUCCAUGAUGUCAUGUCUGCUGUGGGAGUUGAUAUUCUACCCGACGAACAGAACGCUAAUCUACGAGCUGUAGCAGUUCUAGUAGCUCUCAGAGAACGAAAAGACAAUUUCAAAUAGAAAUGAGAGUAUAAAGUCAAACAGUACGUUUUUAUCUAUACAGUUUAUUUUUUAUUAAGAUUAUAUAUUUGUUUUUUAAGUUUUGGUGAAUAAGAAUGUAAUUUAUACGGACUAAAAGUCUAUAAAAUACAAGAAUGUGCUAAGCACAUAAUAAAGGUAACAUCUAAAACAUAUAUUAACAGCAUGGCGAUCUAURGUAAAUUGUAAUCUAAAUCCAUUUUUCUUUUUAGUUUGAUAUUUUAAAUUUAUUUAUGCAUGAUAAUAGAACAGUUUUAUUCACUUGUAAAUACUGCCAGUUUAUUUAAGCAGUUCGAACCGGUUUUGGUUUGAUUCGUAUUAAAGGUUUUUUUUGGACCCUAA